AUGGCUAAAGAAAGGCCAAAGUUCCAAGAUGAUCAAAGAAACAAAGUUGCCCAGUGGCUGUUAGAGCAUAGCAGUGAAGGCAACCUUCGCCAUGGAGCAAAAAAAGAGGCGGCACUUCACUUCAAAGUAAACUUGAAGACCAUUUGGAGGAUUUGGAGCCAAGUCUCCAAUCAAAGAGCAUUCGGUGUACCUGUCCAGGUUAAAUCAAUUAGAAAAGGAUGUAUACACAAGGAUAAGAUGCUCAUUGAUGGUGAAAAAGUCAAAAAACUUUCAGUUUUAGAAAGAAGUACACUGAGAUGCAUGUCGACUCACCUAGGAGUGUCUAAAUCUUUGCUUCAUCAAUGGGUGAAGGAGAAAAAACUGAAACCACAUACAAAUGCCAUAAAACCCUUCCUUACCACACAAAACAAGCUAUGUAGGCUGAGGUGGAGCCUUAAACAGCUCAGUGGGGUAAGUGAGGAUGGUUUUUAUACCAUUCCAAAAUACUACCUCCUGCCCGAUGAGGAAGAACCACAUAGGACAUGCAAAUCAAAAAGGCAUAUUGAAAAAAUCAUGUUUAUGUGUGCUGCUGCGAGGCCUAUCAUUGAUGAAGAUGGCACAGUCAUAUUCGAUGGAAAGUUAGGCAUUUAUCCUUUCAUAACCACAGAGCCAGCACAAAGGAACUCGAAAAACAGAGUGAAAGGUACGCUGGAAGUUAAGGCAAUUGCAGCAAUCACUAAGCCCAUCAUUAGAGACUGCCUUAUAAAACAGGAUGCACAUGGAUACUGCUGCAGGUGGCUCUCUACUUCAGAAAAGAUCCAAGCAAAUGAUCCAGAGUUUCAAGCGGUUGCAAAUACUAAUGGAUUUAAAUUCCAAUUAGUAUGCCAGCCAGCUAAUUCACCGGAUACAAAUGUCAACGACCUCUGGUUUUUCAGAGCUAUUCAGAGCCUAAAAGAUCAAAAACUAGCCAAGAAUGUCGAGGAGUUACUAGAGAAUGUGAAAGCUGCGUACGAGGAAUACCCACCAGAGAAGCUCAACAAUGUUUUCCUAACCUUACAAGGCUGCUAUCAAGAGAUAAUCAAGUGUAAGGGUGGGAACAACUACAAGAUUCCGCAUAUGAAUAAAGAAAGACUGUCCAGGCAGGGGAUGUUACCACGAUGUAUUCAAGUUGAAGAAUCACUUGUCAAGGAAGGUCUAGAGUUCCUACAGAUGGAAUCAAGUGAAGAAGGCGAAAUUUUAAGGCUUGAAGAUGUCAUAGAAGGGCUAAAUGAAGUGUUACUUAUAGACUAG